AUGCCGCUAAAGCGUUAUCCUCCAAAGGAUCUGCAAACAUCAAAUUGUGAGUCGGAUUCAAGCACAAAAGGUUCGACCGAAAAUGUCGCUAUCGCUAGUAGAAAUAAGCGGAAACGGGAACAUGGAGAUUGUAAUGAUGAACUCAAAGCUUUUAAAUCUAAGCUACUGGCCUUAUUUAAUUCAAAAUUUACCACUCUUCAAUCUGUUAUAAAUGAUAUUAGGGUGCAAAAUACCGAAAUACGAAAGUCCCAGGACCUUAUUUCUGAAAAGUAUGAUGAAAUAAUACUCAAAAUAGAAAAACUGGAGUCUGAAAGAAAUAAGAAUCUUAUCUACAUUCAAUCACUUGAGGCUAAAUUGGAAAAUAUGGAAAGACACCUCCGGGCAGCCUGUCUGGAAAUUAAAAAUAUUCCGAUAAAACAAGGGGAAUCAAAGGAAGACUUAGCUAAUUAUGUAAUAAAUCUUGCUCUGUUGCUCAAAUUAUCAGUGCAACCUUCAGAAAUACGGGAUUCAAUAAAAAUAAACAAAACACCUUAA